AUGGAGAACGGGAGGAGACAGUACGGAGAAAUCGAAGAGAUGAAGGGACUGAGAGACGUUCUUGUCUGCUAUUUAAAAGAACAUCCAGUGUUCAAAAUUAUUCAUCAAAAUCGGAUGAUGAACAUCUGUCAUCGACAAGUUGACCAAGACUUGACGAUACUCAAAAACCGAAUAGGAAAAGAAGAAAUUAAUUCCAAAAGCAGUAAUUUCGCACAUAGAAACAAAGUACUUUGAUACCCUCUCACAAUGUAUGAACAAAAAUGUUUGAGAUAUCCAAAAAGGAAGACGCACAAUUGGAAUAAUAGACACUUCAACCCAGAUGAAGUUACUACAGUUUAUGAACAUUCAGAUGUUACCUAUAUCUGUGAAUAUAUAAAAGACAAACUCUAUUUUGCAACGUUAUCUAAUGGUCGAAGGGAAGUAAAAAGCACGUCUCACAUCCAUUUCUUUACAAUUGACGAGGAGCUGGUUUACAGAAACUUUUUCAGUGACUUUGGUCCACUGAAUAUAGCUUGUCUAUACCAAUACUGCUGUAAGAUAAACAAGAAGCUCGAAAGCGCGGGGAACAAGCACAGACAAAUUGUCCACUAUACUUCGCAACGAGAACACAAAAGAGCAAAUGCCGCAUAUUUGAUUGCUUCUUACGCAGUGUUAUACUUAAACAAGAGCCCAAAAGAAGCCUACAAUAUACUUUUCACGGGAGGUGAAAUUCCUAUAAAGUCGUUUCGAGAUGCCUCUACAGGAUCAGCUAUUUACAACAUCCAUCUGUUAGAUUGCUUGAACGCGCUUAAAAAAGCCGCUUCUUUUGGCUUUUUUAAUUUUUGCGACUUUGAUGUGGCUGAAUAUGAAAAGUAUGAAGACAUGAGAAACGGUGCUUUGAAUUGGAUGAUACCUCAAAAAUUCUUAGCUUUCGUUGGUCCAAGUACUGAACGUGGCACACCUUGUCAUCUACCGGAAUGUUAUAUUGAUUAUUUUUUAAAAAACAAAGUUAUAGCCGUGGUUAGAUUAAACAAAAAGGUGUACGAUGCAUCAAGAUUCACCGCGGUAGGAAUCACACAUUAUGAUAUGUUCAUGCCAGACGGUACGGUACCACCGAAAAGAAUACUAAAUGAAUUUUUGCAACUAAGCGAAAAUACCAAUGGGCCGAUAGCAGUUCAUUGCAAAGCUGGACUAGGAAGAACAGGCUCGUUAAUAGCCGCAUAUUUGAUAAAACAUUACAAAAUGAUGGCAAGAGAAGCUAUUGCUUGGUUAAGAAUAUGCAGACCUGGUUCUGUUAUAGGACUCCAGCAAGGAUGGUUGGAGAACAUAGAGAAGAAUUUAUUAACCGCUGGUCAACAAUAUAAACUGAAGUACUAUGGCGAUGGCGACGUAAUACUGCACCACAAACACGGAAUAUAUUCGAUCGCGGACAAACUGGAGAGGAAAAUACAUUAUAACCCCGCGGGAGGGUGUAUCGAACCUAAUAAGUAUGAUAAUCCAUCUAUGGAACAUAAGGGUAGAACCAAACUAACGAGAAUUUUAGGAAAAUUAAGAAAUUUUCGGGGAUCAGAUGAGUCGAAACGAGCUCCACAGAAAUACAGAGAUACUGAUCCGCAACCAAUAACACAAGGAGAUAGACUGAAUGAAAUCAAAAUGAGAUUCAGAUCUCGAACGUCGGAAUUACGUCAGAAGAAUUGCAUUGCCUACGGAUUGGACGCUUUGAGAAAUGCGCGUCGAAAGAAAUAA